AAUUCAUUGCAUUAUUUCUUUCGCUAAUCUCGAAAUUUUUCUUUAUUUUGACUGUCAUUUUGAAUUAUUUUUGGAGUUUUUGCAAUGGAAGCACCAAGGGUGAAUGCUUCAAUGCUACCGCAGUAUUCUGGAAGGCUGGUUUGUCUUGUAGGAAACGUAACAGAGGUGAAGUGUAAAAAAUUAUUCUCUUGUUGAACACUCGUGUUGAAAUUUUGCUGCUCGAUCGAUUUUACAUUUAGACGUCAAUAACAUUUGUGUUUCAGUGAAUUUUGUAGUGAAUGAAAGGGUUUGAAUGGUGUUUACUAAACUUAAAACCUACGUGCGGCAUUUCGUUUAGUCGUCAAUCUAGCGCUCGUGCCGCCAGCGAUCUUCUUCUGUGUUCGAUGCUGAAGGAGAUUUUCACUUCGAAGUUUCUGCAGAUGUGGUAAAAAAAGCAGUUCAGGUGUAAAAUUAUACCCUAUCAUGCACAGAGAACAAUAACUCAUGGACGGAGGGGGAGGGGGGAAAAUUUGUCCCCCUUCCCACCCUUGUCUGUAAAACUUUGCAACUCUGCAGAGCUUUGUCUUGCUUAUGACAUAUCACUGUCAAACUUGGCAAAUUUAGUUACCGUAAGAUUCCAAAAAUAAGCCCCUCCAAAUAUAAGCCCCCCAAAAUCGUAACGCAAAACCCUACAUUAAAUCACCCCUCCAAAUAUAAGCUCCCCGGGGGGCUUGUACUUGGAAUUUGCCCUCGAAAACAAAGUAAAACAAAGCAAAAAUGGUAAAUUUCCUUCCCACCACAAGGUAGCCCAAUCGAUUUUGAAAUGCAAAUUUCCAUCCGAACAUAGGCCCCUCCAAAAAUAAGCCCCUCAAAAAGGGCCUUUGAAAAAUAUAAGCCCCAGGGCUUAUUUUCGGAAUUUUACAGUAUUUUAAGUUACUUAUUCCAUGAACAUCAAGGGACGUUUGCAAACUGGUUCUUGACAGUAAUGGAAUGAAACAGAGGUCCAAAGGUUUUAAGACUCACAUUUGACAUGUUGGAAUUACCUUUGGAAGUGUUCUUAGUCCAGACACUUCACUCACAUGCGGGGGGGAUGGGGAGGGGGGGGGGGCACUAGUAAUUCCGGAUUUCAAGUGACAGAGAAGAUCAAGAGAUUUUUGAGGCGUCAAAAUUUUCAAUUCCAGGACUUUUUUGGGUGAGAAAAUUUGGGAAGUACUUUUCUGGAUGGCUUAAUUUGGCAGUAUUCAGAAGAAUCUGAAGAUUCAUGGUAGUGUCCAUGUAUCCCAGGCGCAUUUUUUUUUUCAGUAAAGUACAACCCAAUUUGUUAAGGUUUGGAAAUUCUGCAUGGGAUUUUUGGGGUGUUUAGAUUUUUGUCUCUGUUUUAUCAUCCCCAUUCCUUGAACUCUGGAGUACCCCCCCUGGGUUCACAUGAUGAGUAUUAGAUUACAGGAUUGAGCUGAGAACACCUCUACUAAAAAUAACUUUUAAGGAUGGUUUGUAAACAAAGUCUUACCGAAGCCUCGGUUUAAUAAAUCAUUGGCUAUCCAGGUCUCUUUGCAAGUGGAUUAUUUUAUGGAGAUGAAUAAAUUAUGCUUCCCUAAUCUAUGCCAUAUGCUUUCAUGAAACUGUUCACAAUGAACAGUGUUUAGAUGACGUGCAUGGCAAUAUGUUAAACCCCGGUUAAACUCCCUUUUAAUAGUUUUUUUUUCAUUCAGAGGCCCAAAUUAGCUCUUUUUCUCUCACCAUAAUACGCCCUUUAUUUAACAAGUAAAGAUGAGCCAUUUUAAAAGGAAAAAUAUCUAGAAGUUGAUGAGAAUUCUCUUGGGAUGUUACUCAAAAACACAAAUUUUUUUAUCCACAGAUUAGUUCCAAUGGAGCUGAAUUGAAGAUCAUGACAAGCGAUCAGAAAAUUGUUAAAGUCAGCUUGGGAGAGCCUGUAGGUUUCAUGAUUUGAUGUGAAAACCGCAGCAGCCAGUUAGCGGAAGCUACAUAUCAAAGCUUUUUUCCCACUACUUACUUCUUACUCAUCACAACAUUUUAACAGCAUAGUUCACCAGUAUUGGCUGAUUAUUGAGUUGCAAUUGUUAUUGUUUUUACCUCUAAUAAUUGUUUUUUUCUUAAAAUUACACAGCUUGAUGAACAGCUCCAUGGAGCUGUGGAGGUUAUUGGAAAAGUUGAGCGUGAUUGUUCAUUAUCAAGUCAGAGAAUCAUUCCAUAUGAUCAAGAAUUUGGUGAGUGUUUCUCAUUGAACCUUUUUUUGCUUAAGAAGGGGUAUUAUUAACUAGAGCUUCGCUUUUAGCCCUGUCUUGAAAACAAAGACCUCUAAGACCCCUACCAAAUGACUCUGAACUCCAUUGAUUAGGGUUAAGAAACUGAGUGAAUCAAGUUCCAUUUAGGUCAUUAUACUUAUCAGACUGACCUGACAGUUGAUUCACUCAUUUUCCUAACUCUUAUCAAUGAAGUUCAGAGUCAUUUGGUAGGGGGCCUUAAGGGUCUUAGCCAAUAGGGGUGUUUGUUUUCAAGACUCCCCUUAAGAAGUAGGUUCAAGCAGAAUUCAUAAUACUAUUUAUUCUAAGAGAAACAUAAUUUUGAUAAAAAAGGGUAUAAGCCAAAGGAACACAAAGUCAAAUUUGUUAAACUGAAACUACUUCUAAUUUAUUUGUCCUUUUACCCAUCCUCCCCAAGUACAUGGAAAUUUUGUCAUGACUUUCACCUUUCAUGAUUAUGGUGCAUUUAAAAUUAAUUUUCUUGAGACUGGAGGGAGGUGCAAGGUUUCAGAAAAUGACUUCAGAGCUUUGAACACAAAUGUGCUGUUUUGUCAUUCUUUUGUUAUUCAAAAAAAGCAUGAGUAUGAGGUGUUUUUUUCUGCAAUGUGGGAUCACUUCAAGUGUUCAGGGAUCAGUUGCAUAAAUGUUAACGCCAGAUUUAAAAGCCAAAAUGCGACAUUGAAACCCACCAAACCCUUAAUAUUUUAACACCAGCCAAUAGCAGUUGCGUCUGACUUUAGGUUACAAAAUACAUCCGACUCUAGCUUCAUAAAGAGCUGCCUGCCCUUUAAAGAGUCAAGAUGAGUUAACUGACAGGAUAUCAAUUCAACUUCCUAGUCUGAAGAGGAUUUCUUCCCGAAGGUGUUUCAUUACUUGCUGGCUGCAAGUACUAAAUUGUUUGCCGUUUUAUACCUGUGUUAAACAGUCUCCUAUUUGCUGCUAUUGAUUAAUGCUCUAGUUCUCUGUUAUGAAUUGCUAAUUGCCACAGUCAGCCUGUGCAAUCGGCAAUCAACUGACUUAAGAUUAAAGCUGAACUCUCAUUGUUCUGAUGAAAUUAAUGGCUGCUUCUUUGGCUCUUUUGUAGAUCUUAAUUUGUAUGGAGAGGCUUUAUCACUAGCAUCAAACUACCCCGACAUCUUUGGUUCGACACAUUCAAAUGGAUUUGGCUAUUAAUGUUACAGGGAAUUGCCCCUAGCUAUGCAUUAUGCAAAAAAUGUACAAAGACUCUAUCUAUCUGGAUACUCAGAGACUACCAAGCAGUAAAAAUACCCUACUUUGACUGGAAGAGGAACUGCUGAC